AUGGACCAUACAGAAAGCAACCAUGAAUGGGAAGAUGCUUUCCAGAGUAUCCAGGAAACAGAGCUCAGCCAAAAUUAUGGCCACAACUGGACCUUGCAGAUUAAGAAUGAUAUCUUGGAUGAACUAACAUUCACCCAGAGGAACCAAGGCUGGAAGGUUUAUCAAACUUCUUCAUUUGGAAGUUUCGCCUGUUCAACAUGCCGCCAUUCUUGGAGCUCUGCUCGAGUCUGUCUUACUUUUCACUACCGCCUUCUACAAUAUUCGAGGGGAGAAGUCUAUCUUAGACUCUUUAGACAGCAAUGUCGAGUGUGCAACAAUGGAAUCAUGAUAACAGGAUUAUUUGAAGAAGGCACAAAGCAGGAAGUACUGAAGAGAUUGAUAAGCAAAAUCAAGAAGAACUGCUAUAAUGAAAAAGUAGAGACAGUUGUAUAUUCUGGCAGAUCCAUGGUCACUAAACCUCAUGAGGCUCGUUUUUGUGAGGCCUGUAUGAUGGGCAAAUGUAACAGGGAUGUAGAUUUUUCUUAGUUUCCAAAUAUUAGAGUCCUUUCUAUUACAGUAUACCUCUAUCCUUCCAUAUGGUUCAACACAACUCUAAUUUGACCACAUUACAGUAUACAGCAGCAAUCUUAAUGUCUAAGACAGGGUUUGACUUCUUAAGGAAUACUGAUCUAUUUCAUACGGAAACUUUGAGCGGUACAGAUUAGUAAAAAUAGAAAAGGAGGAGGCAAACCAGAGUCGGCGGUUGUGACUGAAAAUGGUGAUUAAGAUGAAAUAAUAGUGAAUAUUGAGAAUUGUAGUGAGAGUAGCAGAAUUAUUUACCUGAUAUACCUCACAAUUGAGAAAAAAAUAGGGACAGAAUACAUGGUUGCACAUGUAUAAUAAAUGCUCUCUGUUACAUCGGAUACCAGGUACUAAUAAGUAUGAUUCAUUUUGACAAGAAUGGAUUGUGCUAGUUUUCAGCCAAAAUGUGUUUAGGGGUACUUUGCUGGUCUUAUAGUCACAUAUAUGUUUCCAGCCCUCCUCUGCUGCUGGCAAAUUCAGGACUGUUGGCAGUUAUCAACUAUACAUCUAGAUAAUUAUGGGGCAGUGAAAUCAUAAUGCUUUGUACAAUUUAUAUUUGAAUAACUUCUGUAAUUAUUGUUAUGUCCUUGAAUAUUUAAGGUAAAUACAGUAA